UAAAAUUUAGAAGUCAUGAAACUUCCUCACCAUUUGAUGAGAUGCACUUGCUUCCAGAACCACUGUAUACUCUUCCCACAGACAACACCCUCAUCCAGACAAUUGCUGGAGCAGAUAAUGGGCGUAUUUUCUUGGGUGGAAAAGAUGGUUGCUUGCAUGAGUUGGUUUACCAGGCUGAAGAUGGCUGGUUUAGGAGGAAAUGCAAGAAAGUGAAUCACUCGAGCAGUUCUCUUUCAUUCUUAGUUCCAUCAUUUCUGAAUUUUGCCUUUUCUGAAGAAGAUCCAAUUGUUCAGAUAGAGAUUGAUAACAGUAGACACGUACUUUAUACACGGUCUGACAGAGGAACAAUACAAGUCUUUGAUCUCGGUGCUGAUGGAAAGCAGAUGACAAAAGUUAUAGCUGUUUCUCAAAACUCCAUUGUUCAGCAGGCUGUCAACAUAGCUAAGACAAUUGAUAGGUCCAAUUUUCGACCAGUGGUUCAUAUUAGUGCUCUGGACAUUGUAGAGUCAGUUCACAUCAAUUUGGUAGCAGUCACACAGUCAGGGGUGAGAUUUUAUUUCACUGCUACAGCACUGAUCCAUCCCGAAGCCAGGCCUUUUACUUUAUCUCUCUUACAUGUUCGUCUUCCUCCUGGAUUCUCGGCAAAUGCUCCUUUACAACGGCCAAGUCACGUUCACAUGGCCCAUUACAGAAAAGGCUGCGCAUUAUUGGCAUCAUCUCAGACUGAAGACAGUGAUGUUAUGUGGGCCAUGAGUAAUGACUCUUUUCCAUUUCAGUCACAACUGAUGGAACUUCAUACUGUGAUUCCUGUGGAUGGCAAAACGUGGUGCAUGACCGAGGUCCUUCAGUUCCAACCCCCCAAGCCGCUCUGUACCCUGAACAUCAACAAUGUGAUUUUGCCAUCAGAGCCCCCACUGGUGGUCAGUCAGCAUGCAGAACUUCCCCGCAAGUUUGUUGUUCUUUCAGCACAG